CGGGAAGGGUGGGUACUGGCGCUGGGUUCAGGAUGCAAAGGGAUCUUCUACUUACAAGCAGCUACAGCCUGGGCACUUAGCCCCUCCCUUGGGGGGCCCCGCCUUCCCGCAGAGCAAACCUUAUAAAACCUCUGCGAACAGGGUCCUCUGCUCAAUUUCAACUCCAAGGUCAACGAGGUUUCUUGCCGUCUCGCCAACUCCCCGGAGCAUCGCGUGCCCGAGCCAUGGCCCAGGGGCUGUACCACGAGGAAUUCGCCCGGGCAGGCAAGCAGGCGGGGCUGCAGGUCUGGAGGAUCGAGAAGCUGGAGCUGGUGCCGGUGCCCGAGAGCGCUUACGGCGACUUCUACGUCGGGGAUGCCUACCUGGUGCUACACACGACCCAGGCCAGCCGGGGCUUCGUCUACCGCCUGCACUUCUGGCUCGGAAAGGAGUGUACCCAGGAUGAAAGCACAGCGGCUGCCAUCUUCACUAUUCAGAUGGAUGACUAUUUGGGCGGCAAACCAGUGCAAAAUAGAGAACUUCAAGGCUAUGAAUCUACGGAUUUUGUUGGCUACUUCAAAGGAGGUCUAAAAUACAAGGCUGGAGGUGUGGCAUCUGGAUUCAACCAUGUUCUCACAAACGACUUGAGCGCCCAGAGGCUCCUGCACGUGAAGGGUCGGAGGGUGGUCAGGGCCACGGAAGUUCCCCUAAGCUGGGACAGUUUCAACAAGGGUGACUGUUUCAUCAUUGACCUUGGCUCUGAAAUUUACCAGUGGUUUGGAUCCUCAUGCAACAAAUAUGAGCGUCUGAAGGCCAGCCAGGUUGCCACUGGCAUUCGGGACAAUGAAAGGAAUGGAAGAUCUCAACUAAUAGUGGUGGAAGAAGGGAGUGAACCAUCAGAGCUUAUAGAGGUUUUAGGGAAAAAGCCAGAGCUUAGGGAUGGAGAAGAUGAUGAUGACACCAUAGCAGACAUAACUAAUAGGAAAAUGGCUAAACUCUACAUGGUUUCAGAUGCCAGUGGAUCCAUGAGAGUGACCAUGGUGGCAGAAGAAAACCCCUUCUCCAUGGCAAUGCUGCUUUCUGAAGAAUGCUUCAUUUUGGACCAUGGUGCUGCAAAACAGAUUUUCGUAUGGAAAGGAAAAGAUGCUAAUCCCCAGGAGAGAAAGGCUGCCAUGAAGACAGCUGAAGAAUUCCUACAGCAAAUGAAUUAUUCUACUAAUACCCAAAUUCAAGUUCUUCCAGAAGGAGGUGAAACACCAAUCUUCAAACAGUUCUUUAAAGACUGGAGAGAUAAAGAUCAGAGUGAUGGCUUUGGGAAAGUAUAUGUCACAGAGAAAGUGGCUCAUGUAAAACAAAUUCCUUUUGAUGCCUCAAAAUUGCACAGUUCUCCACAAAUGGCAGCCCAGCAUAAUAUGGUGGAUGAUGGCUCCGGCCAAGUAGAGAUUUGGCGUGUUGAAAACAACGGUAGGGUUGAAAUUGACCAAAACUCGUAUGGUGAAUUCUAUGGUGGUGACUGCUACAUUAUACUCUACACUUAUCCCAGAGGACAGAUUAUCUACACGUGGCAAGGAGCAAAUGCCACAAGGGAUGAGCUGACGACCUCCGCCUUCCUGACUGUGCAGUUGGAUAGGUCCCUUGGGGGACAGGCAGUGCAGAUCCGAGUCUCCCAAGGCAAAGAACCUGCUCACCUGCUGAGUUUGUUCAAAGACAAACCACUCAUUAUUUACAAGAAUGGAACAUCAAAGAAUGGAGGUCAGGCACCAGCCCCCCCUACACGCUUCUUUCAAGUGCGAAGAAACCUGGCAUCUAUCACCAGAAUCGUGGAGGUAGAUGUUGAUGCAAAUUCAUUGAAUUCCAAUGAUGUAUUUGUCUUGAAACUACGACAAAACAAUGGCUACAUCUGGAUAGGAAAAGGUGCCAGCCAGGAGGAGGAGAAAGGAGCAGAGUAUGUGGCAAGUGUCCUCAAAUGCAAAACCACAAGGAUUCAGGAAGGCGAGGAACCAGAGGAGUUCUGGAAUUCCCUUGGAGGGAAAAAAGACUACCAGACUUCUCCCCUGUUAGAAACCCAGGCUGAAGAGCAUCUGCCUCGGCUUUAUGGCUGCUCCAACAAAACUGGAAGAUUCACUAUUGAAGAGGUCCCAGGAGAGUUCACCCAGGAUGACUUAGCAGAAGAUGAUGUCAUGUUACUAGAUGCUUGGGAACAGAUUUUUAUUUGGAUUGGCAAAGAUGCCAAUGAAGUUGAGAGAGCAGAAUCUCUGAAGUCUGCCAAAAUGUACCUGGAGACAGACCCUUCUGGAAGAGAUAAGAGGACGCCAAUUGUCAUUGUAAAACAAGGCCAUGAGCCACCCACGUUCACAGGCUGGUUCUUGGCCUGGGAUUCCAACAGGUGGUAAACGAUUUUUAUAGGAUAAAACAAGCAAACAUUAUGGGGCAGCUGUCCCACUGCUGUUCUAGGGGAGAAAAAAAAAAAAAAAGAGUAGUCUGUUUGACCUUGGCUAUACGGCUGUUUUUUAAUGCAUAGUAUUGCUUUGAAAUUUUUUUAAAAAUGGAAUUUUCUUAUGAUAAUAUUUUAAAAUAACUCAAAGUAAACUUUUGUUAUGGACCAUUAUUAGCUUAGCUGGAAACUGACAUAUCUCUUUAAAUGACCUUUUAAAGGUGAAAAGCUAUGCACAGCCUAAGGGAGCUUGUCAGGAAAUUUUAUAAUUCAGGGGCUGUUAGCCAAACUUGUCCUUUAAUAUACCAGAGAAGAAAGUUAUAAAUGUCUUUGAGGUUAUUCUCCUUUCUAUGUGUUGUUAUACAAAGACUCGCAUAUUUGCAGUACAGCUUCUAUUAAGACAGCUUUAAAAAUUUGUUUUCCUGCUUUAGCCAAUGUAAUGUUGAUAUCAUUAACCCCUAAGUGUUAUUUUCUUAAGAGAAACUACCUUUCUGGCCUGUUUAAAAGCCUUUGGAAGCACAGCUCUUUUAUGACAAAAUAAUUUGUAUUCUUAUUCAUAUACAUAUAUUUGACAGUACAUGUUUAAUAUCUGAAAAGAUACAUACAAAAAAAACCCCUCACUAAUCCUAUCUUUCAUCAUUAAAAUACCUCUGUUUGUAAA